CUGUUUAUACUGUCGAAGCGCCGCUCUCCUCAGACACUGCGCCGCUGACAGCUCCUCCUCGCGCGCUCUCUCUCUCUCUCUUGUUGCUCUUUCCACAUUUUUGCUCUCUGACAUUUUCACCGGAUCCCUCACGCACUCCAGGUCACAAGCGCUGGGACCGAACAGUAUAUCCGCAUCCGUCUCCUGGUCACAGAAGAGAUCUGAGAGAUUGCUGUUUACAUUUGUACCAAGAUGUCGCUGAAAGUCCAGACGAGCAACAUUACCAACAAAAAUGACCCGAAAUCUAUCAACUCGCGCGUGUUUAUCGGCAACCUGAACACAGCAGUGGUGAAGAAGAGCGACGUAGAGACGAUCUUCUCUAAAUAUGGCCGUGUGUUGGGCUGCUCGGUUCACAAAGGCUACGCCUUCGUUCAGUACGCUAACGAGAGACACGCUCGUGGAGCCGUCAUUGGAGAAAAUGGACGUGUACUUGCUGGACAGACCCUCGACAUUAACAUGGCAGGUGAACCCAAACCCAACAGGCCUAAAGGGCUAAAGAGAACCGCAGCGACAUUAUACAGUGGUUAUGAUUUUGACUAUGAUUACUACAGAGAUGACUUCUAUGACAGACUGUUUGAGUACAGAGGCAGAGUAUCGCCGGUUCCCAGAGCGGUUCCAGCAAAGCGCCCCCGUGUGGCAGUGCCGGUCGUCCGCAGGGUGAAGUCAUUACCUGUCAAACUCCUGACCAGAUCCACUAUCCUUCCCAACAGCUCUGUCAAACACAAGUUGAAAUCAACCGAGCUGCAGGCUAUCAAAUCAGAACUGACGGCGAUCAAGUCCAACAUCGACGCGCUGCUGGGACGCCUAGACCAGAUCACAGAGGACAAAUACUGCACCACAGAGUUGCAGAAGGCAGACGAUAUGAAGAGCGAACUGUCUCAGGACGAGUCGGGCUCAGAGUCAGAGGAACUGCAGCACAGCGACGUGGAGGACGGAGAGGAGCACACACACGAGGAAUGUGACGAAGACAUGGAAAACAAUCACAUAUCUGAAAUGGAUUCCAUUCUUCAAUAAAAGCAGGGAGUUGGAAAACACUGUCGACUGGAAACUUUUUUAAUACCAUAGACUCAGCGGGAAGACACCGAAACCAACAGGCGCCGUCAAACUCCAGCAUCAGCUGUCAAUGAGACAGACAGCUAAACUAGCUGUUUUGGGGAGGGAGGAACCAGGAAUCCAUUACAAAAAGGGCCAGAGUUCCUGAGAGCAACAGCAUCACACACGCGACAACAGACGGGGAUCAAUUUCACAGACAUUCUGCAUUCAUGCUCCCCACAAAACACUCCUAACACGCAGUUUUUCUACACAUUUGGGCGCCUCAUAUGUAAAUAGCUUCAUCUUAUUUCCGUCCUUCCUUCUUUCAUGUCUGUUUGUGCUUUUGGAAAAAUGUUUUUCAUUUUAUUUAUAUGCCGGUCGGAAUCAGAAAGGUUGGCUAUUUUUAAUUACAUGUGCAUAUUUCUUCUGCUUGCACUUUCAAGACUGCAAGAGAUAUUUACAGAUGUAAAUAAACUAUGAUGACUUGUGA